UCUAUAUAACAUGGAACCUCAGCCCUCUUCUCCGUGUAGCUUCCCCGAGGCUCCCUACAGAAAGAAGCUUGGUCAGGAGGCAACAAUGUCUGAGAAAAGAGCAUCAUCAUCAUCGUACGACAGAAUCGAGCUGGGAAUGGAGCUAAGGCGAGGGCCAUGGACUCUAGAGGAGGACACCCUCCUCAUCCACUACAUUGCUUGCCAUGGCGAAGGUCGCUGGAAUCUCUUAGCUAGAUGCUCAGGCUUGAGGAGAACCGGUAAGAGUUGUCGGCUGAGGUGGUUGAAUUACCUGAAGCCGGACAUAAAGCGAGGCAAUCUCUCCCCCGAAGAACAGCUCCUCAUCAUUGAGCUCCAUGCCAAGUGGGGAAACAGGUGGUCUAGGAUUGCACAGCAUCUACCAGGGAGAACAGACAAUGAGAUAAAGAACUACUGGAGGACUCGAGUGCAGAAGCAGGCGAGGCAGCUCAAGAUCGACGCCGACAGCACGACGUUCCGAGAUGCCGUGCGCUGCUACUUGAUGCCGAGGUUGCUCGAGAGGACGGGCUCCUCCCAAGCCGCGCCAUCAUCUCUGGAUGCCGUUAGCAUCUCUGCAGCAACGACAGCAGCGGCCGACCAAGCCCAGCAAGCUUCUCUCCAUGACAUCUCCGAUGCCAGCAUGCGAUACUACGAGCCACCGGGAGCGGAGAUUCGCAGCCCGAGCAGCUCGCCGUGCUCCACAGUGCUCCCUCGACUCCCAGCCACCAUGGCCGAGGCGGAUGUCGUCACCUUCGACCCAUUCUCUAGUGGCUACUCCAUGAACGACGCCUACGACCUCGACACCUGGGACAUAGCUUUGAUGUCAGCAUCAUUGCCUAGCUAUGCAGCCUCCGAUUACACGGUAUGUAACAAUAAUUGCGGCAGAAACACCGGCGAUAGCUUGUGGAGCAUGGAUGAGUUACAUGAUAUGCUUAAAAAGCUUACCUGAGUGAGCAGAAUCCAAAGUUUUGUUUCAGUGAUACCCCUUGAAGAAAAGAAUACAACAAGCUUAAAAGUGGAUGGUGUAAGAAGUCCGUUAAUUCCCGUGCUGGAACGGGAGACCUCGAGUCCUUUUGUUUUCCAUGUGACUGAUCUCUUGGGUAAAGCUUAUCAGCUCUUUUGCAAUGGAAGAGAAGAAUAAGGCUUCCUCGA